GAUGGAGUAUCUUUUAUAGUCAAAGGUAUAACAAAUACAAAUACAAAUGUAUGGGAAAACACAAGUCAACAAUAAUUUGCAAGUAAAAAUGUACGGGAAAACACAAGAAAAAUUAAUGGUGGCAGAAGAGAGAAAAAAAGUUUAGAAAUUUAGGGAGGAGAUGACACUAAAAUCUGAAAAAAAAAUACAAGGGUAAAAUAGAGAGAAGGAGCUACAUGACAAAAAUAUUUGAGGAUAUUGGUAAUUUUAUGAUUUUAAUAGUGUUUAGGAAAAAUAAAUGAGUCAUUCUUUUUGGGACUAAAAUUAGGCCAAAUGGGUCGUUCUUUCGGGGACUAAGGGAGUACUAAUUACUCAUGUAGUCAUGUAUGAAUGUUGUAUGAUGAUUUAGAGUAUCGUUCAAGCAAAAAACUAAUUAUAGUAAGGAAAAACUGAAAUAUAAUAAACGAAAAACAAAAUCAUCAAAUAAUUCCAAGGAAUUUUUAGAAAAUAACACCACAAAAAUCACACAAAUUUGAUUAUAACACCACAAAUUUUAAAACUUUUAUUAUAACACCAUAAAAAACCAAAAAAUUGGUUUUACCACCACUUAACUUUGUCAUCCAAAAAACCGUUAGUGGGCCCUACUUUGUACACGUGUCAAUUAUUCAUUGGAUUAAAAAUGAAAAAAAAAAAUUAAAAAAAAGGAAAAAUUCUAAAUUCAAACCCCAGCUACCAACGGUGCCAGUUUCGAUCGUCGUCACCCCAUCCCACUGUCCACCGCCGUCACCCAAUCCCUACCAACCACAAUUGGCGGCCGACGAAACCAGCUCACCCAAUUCCGUAGCCCAACCUCAGAUCAACCUAAAUCAGUCGACCACCGUCCCUCAUACCCAGCCCCCGAUUUGGUUUAUGGGUACGGGUUUGGGUCCGGGUGAGGGUGAGAGGAGUACGACGGUUUGUGGAUUUGGGUAUGGGUGUGGGUUGGGAUUUCGGCAAUUCGGCGAUGGUUAUGGGUAAGGAAGAGGAGUUUGGUGACGGUGAUUUCAGUUGGUUUAGAUCGGGGUUACGGUGGUUCAAUUCGGCGACGGUGUGGGCUGGGAUUUCAGAUCAACUGGUUUAGAUUGGGGUUAAGGUGGUUUGGUGACAAUUUCGGAGGUUAUGGGUUGGGUUUGGGUGAUGGCGGUGGGAACCCACCGACGGUGGUGGUGGUUGGCUUAGUAUUAAGUGGUGGUGAAAUCAAUUUUUUAUUUUUUUUUUGUGUUAUAAUAAAAGUUUUAAAAUUUAUGGUGUUAUAAUAAAAGUUUUGAAAUUUAUGGUGUGAUUUUUGUAGUGUUAUUUUCAUAAAUUUCCUAAUUCCAAUAAUUAUUUACAUCAUCAACAAAAUUUGAAAAAAUAAAAAAUUUGCUACCAACACCAAGCAUUCGGUUCGCCAUAGAUUCAGCCGGCGCAAAACCUGUGUCACAGUGAUGGACUCCCGGCACCGACGGCAGUUAUCCUCCGACCGAUUCAUGAACACAUUAAAAAUAAUCCCUCCUUCUUCAAUCGAUGCCGGGGACGAGCUCAGCGAAGACGAUGUCUUCUUCACCGGCGCCAAUUUCCAAAACCCUCCUUCCACCUCCUCAACACCACCUCCUCUUCACCAUCGCCGCCAUCACAAAUCAUACAAUUCAGAGGCCUUCGGAAUCCUUGCCGCAUUGCCGGAAUCCGGCGACGAAAUCCGACCUGUCUUGAACCAUAAGCCGUUGAUCUCUCCGCCUCCACCACCGUCAUCUUCGAGGAUGAUUCCGAAUCUUCCGAGGCCUUCCAUUGACCGGCAGAUCUUCUCUUUGCCGGAAAAGUACCAUCAGUCUGCUCCGUUGAAUGUGCCGAUGAGACCGCUGCUGAAGAAUUCGUGGCGUCAGAAACGUUUCGAGGAUGUUGACGAUGGAGUUGUUGCUGCUGAUGAUGAUGAUGGAGAGAUGUUGCCUCCUCACGAGAUUGUGGCCCGUCAACUUUCAAAGUCUCCGGUGCUUUCUUCUUCUGUGCUUGAAGGUGCUGGGAGGACGUUGAAGGGUAGGGAUCUGCGUCAGGUUCGAAACGCAGUGUUUCGGCAAACAGGUUUUAUUGACUGACUUUUGUUGUAUUAUCUAAGUGUACAUGAAGGCCAAAUAUAUCAGUUGAAGCUCUUUGUGACAAGGAUUACCCAGAGAAACCUCUUAAGUGUUCGUUUCCACACAUGGAUUUACAUGACUUGUGUGAACGCAGAGGCCGGAAUGGCAAUGCUCUUGACUUCUGCCUGACUGAGUUGAGAAAGUGUGUUGUUUUGGUCCUCUAUCCCAUUUAUAUUCAGGUUUUUGAGGAUGCCAACAUCAGAAGCAUGGUCAUCCUUUUAUGUUGAUUUGGAGAUUGUCAUGUGGUGCUGUUCAAGUUCACUUAUUAUUAGUGAUUGUCUUAAUAUGUUAUAUUUAGCUUUUAGAUGAAAUUGCUUGUUCAUUCUAUCUUCCUUGAGAAAGAGGGUACUUGAUUAUAAAUGUAAAUGAGAUGUGCUGGUAAUCAAUCAGGGGGAUGAUUUCAUGCUGAAUUUAUACCUAGAUGAAUUGGGAAGAAACAUUAAGGAACAAACAGAGUACAUUUACUUACUAUAUAUGUUGGUGUAUCUCUUUGUCCGUAUCUAAAUUCAGGCACUACCUUAAAUUUCCAUGUCCAAUUCUUGAUUCCAUACGUAGGUGAGUAUACCUGAGUAAUAAUUUGUUGCAGUGUAAAGUAGGCUGUCAAAGAUUAGUAUUUAUUUGUCAAUAAUUUGGAAAUCAUAUUAUCUGCUUGGUAGUCGCAAACUCGCAAUGAUGAUAACUUGAUAAGGUGUACUUGUGUCGAUAUCAUCAGAGUUUGGUUACUGCCUGAAAACAUUUUUGUGUUAGCGAUCCAUUACAGGAAUACUCUGAAAGUGGCUUUAUCAACUGUCAUUCUAACAAGAGAGAAUAGCAUGAGAAUAGCUUUCAUCGGUUCAUGUUUUGAGCUAUCAGAGUAAUGACGUAAGAGGGUGUGCUGAAGGUAUUGCAAGUCAUGGCUCAUAGCUAUGAAAAAUUAGACCUUGUGCAUUCACAAAUCAAAAUAUUUAAGCACAGGUGAAUAUGAUGGUGCUUGUAUCAAUUGGUUAGUAAUAGUUUGUAUCCAAUAAUUUUCAUGAAAAAUCAGUUUAGUUUUACAGCUCUAAAGACGGGCCUUAACUAAUUAAUUUUUACUUGUUAUAUGUGUGCCUCAAAUGCUCCACUUUGAUGUGUGUUUGAUUAUAAGGUGUUCAGAGUUUGAAGUUCUGCCAUAUGGUAUUUGACUUUAUAUGUGUUCGAUUUCAUAAUAAUUGCAAUAAUUCCUUGUACCUACUAUUAUUUUAUUAUUUCUCCCUCUAAGUAACCCACAUUUACAAAUAUUCUAGUAUUUCUCUUUCCUAUCAUCCUCAUUUAUACUUUUUUUAAAAGUGUUUUACUUCUCAAAAAC